GGAAAAUCCAGAGACUCUUUGGGCAGAUUUUUGUUCCACUGCAUGAGGAAUUUUGCCGCAAAACAGAAGCUUGGCCAGCACCCAAGGGCCAUUUAGGGGAAUUUUAAUCUGUUUUAGAAUUCCACGGUGCUUACCAUCCAUGAGUAAGAGCUUAGAAGAGAUACUUCGACAUGUGGUCACGAUUACUUUUUUCCAGUAGAAUCAAAAAGGUCCUUGCAAUGAUGAGGGUUGGUAUUCGUGAUCAUUUACGAGUAUUUCGGAUAUAGGAGCGUUCGAGCUUGAAUGCGAUCAUCAUAUAAGCAGACUUUCUUGGAUUCAAGUGUAUAAAUACUACCUCAUUCCAGCUCUAGGAUGCUUCUCGACAUACAUCGAAAGCGCAACUCAUAGGCAAGGCACACUUGGUAUACAAGAGUUGAGAAUUUAUAAAUCGUCAUCAUGCCCAUAAUUACUCCUGCAAAACUCCUUCAAAGGAACAAGAAGUACGCAGAAAACCAUCAGGCGUUUCCAACCAUGGCAGAAGUCGUUGAAAAUGGAGGUGUCUUCGAGACAACCUUAGUCCUCACUUGUGUAGAUUUUCGGGUCAAUCCAGACCACUUCCUCCAGACUAAGCCUGAAGAUCAAAUACUCGUUGCACGCAGUCCUGCUGGACGAGUCGAUGAUUCUUUUGUAAAAGAGGUCAUGCUCUUUGAAGCUUUCCUUGGUCUCACUUCAGUUCUAGUGAUUCAUCAUACAGACUGUGGCGCUAGUCAUUUCAAAGAUGCCAACAUCCGCAAGUUCCACAAAGACCGACUACCAGAUCACUUAGAGAUUGAUAAUAUGGUAUUUGGCGCAUUUGACAACCUUGGGCAAAGUGUUCGAGACGACAUUCGCUUCUUGAAGACUUCUCCCUAUAUCCCAAAUAAGCUUGCCGAUAAGUGCCAUGGCUUCAUUUACGACAUUAAGACUGGUCUUCUUACCCCUGUCGAGUACGAUGACAGUGCUUAAGCAGUGAAAGCUUCAAGAAGCUGAGAGAUAACGGGACAGAGUGGAAGAUCGAUGGAGACGGGCAAAGAGGCACGGGGAGGGCAAAGGCUGG